UUUCCAUUACUUGUUUUCUAGCUCAUUGUGGAAACUGAAGAAUUAACACUUCUUAACCAAUCACUCUGAAGCUUUGAUUCUUCCCCUGGUGACUCUCAAGUUUUCUCCCUUGGUUCAUUUCUUCCUGCAAGGUGAGGUCUUCUUUCAGGUUCAGCCAUGACGACUUCUGCCUUGCGUCGGCAGGUAAAAAACAUCGUGCACAAUUAUUCUGAAGCAGAAAUCAAGGUGCGUGAAGCCACCUCCAAUGACCCCUGGGGACCCCCCAGCUCUUUAAUGUCUGAGAUUGCUGAUCUGACCUUCAACACAGUGGCCUUUGCAGAGGUCAUGGGUAUGAUCUGGAGGCGGCUGAAUGACAGUGGCAAGAACUGGCGUCAUGUCUACAAGGCCCUAACUCUUCUGGACUACCUCAUUAAAACAGGCUCAGAGAAGGUAGCUCAUCAGUGCCGGGAGAAUCUGUAUACCAUUCAGACUUUAAAGGAGUUCCAGUACAUAGACCGUGAUGGCAAAGAUCAGGGCAUCAAUGUUCGUGAAAAGGUGAAGCAGGUGAUGAGCUUGCUGAAGGAUGAAGACAGGCUGAAGCAGGAGAGAGCCUAUGCCCUGAAAACCAAAGAGCGGAUGUCCAUUGAAGGUAUGGGCAUCAGCAGCAGCAAUAGCAACAGCCAGCAGCUUGCCUAUGGACGGCGGGCAUCACAGUAUGGUGAUGACUACAGCAGAUCAAGAGGUUCUCCAUCCUCCUUUAAUUCUUCUUCGUCAUCUCCCCGGUUCAGUUCUGACCUGGAGCAGGCAAGGCCGCAGACUACUGGUGAAGAGGAGCUCCAGCUCCAGCUUGCCCUGGCAAUGAGUCGAGAAGAAGCAGAAAAGCAGCCACUUCCUCCAGUCUCCAGCACAGAUGAAGAUUUGCAAUUACAGAUAGCGCUUACCCUGAGCAAACAAGAGCAUGAGAAGGAAGUUAGGGCAUGGAAAGGAGAAAAUUCACUACUGCAAAAGGCACUGGAAGAAAGUAACCUGGGUGUUGAGGAAGUUGAAGAAGAUGAUAAGGCAAAGAAAAAACAGUCUUCUGUGUUGGAGCUGGCAGACAUUUUUGGACCAGCACCAGUCACCUCUACCCACACUUCUGCUGACCCAUGGGAUAUUCCAGAUACCAAAUCUUCUGUGGAAUCAACAGGAACAUCCUGGGGUCCUGCUGCAGACCCUUGGGCGCCAUUACCUUCGGAGGAUCCUCUGACUCACGCUUCUACCAGUCAAGCUUCCUCUGGCCCCUGGAAUCUUCCUCCUGUCUCUUCUGCCUCUGAUCCAUGGGGGAUAAAAUCAUUGCCUUCAGGUGUCCCAUCUUCAGAUACCUGGGGAAAACAGUCACCACCUGCUCCACUCUCUGCAGGUGUUACUUCCGCUGCUGAACCCUGGGGAGGUUCUGCUGACAAUUCCUCCGCCCCUGGCAAUAGUACAUUUGACUUAUUUGCAAAAUUACCUGAACCUGUGGAUCAACCAGAACAUGAAAGUUCCCAGGCUCCAUCAUCUGUGAAAUCCAAUGGUUCUGUAGAUGUGGACCUCUUUGGUGACCUUAUUCCAGGCACCAGGGAGAAUGGAAUCAAAAAUAAAGACAUUUUUGAUAUUGCAAGUUUAGGAGAUUCUUUACCUGACUCAAAGGAGAAGAAAGACAGCAAAACACCAGAGACCUUUCUUGGCCCCAACGCCUCUUCCUUGGUUAAUUUGGACUCCUUGGUUACAGUCCCCCAGAGCCUGAAGUCACGUAAUCCAUUUCUGGCAGGACUCAGUGCCCCUUCACCUACCAACCCAUUCAACACUGAUCAGCCCAAACCAACUCUCAACCAGAUGCGGACCAACUCCCCAGUGCCUAGUGUUCCUAUGGGAGUGCCAAUGAACUCUAUGACCUACAGUGCUUCUCUCCCUCUUCCACUCAGUAGCAUCCCCUCAACAAUGACUCUCCCAGCCUCUGCGAGUGCCUUCCCUCAGGCUGGAGCAGGGCCUUUUCCAGAGCUACCUAGCAACUUGCCUCAACCUCUCCUACCACUCUCUGGCUCAGUCCCCCCACCACUAGCUUCACAAAGCAGUAUGAACCCUUUUCUCUGAGAAGACUUGGUUGGUAACAUGUGAUAUAUCCAUUACUCCUUCCCCAACUGUUAUGGAGGACCUCCUGUGCAAAGCACAUUUGUUUUGAUGCAAGCAAGCAUCUCCCUGGAAGCUCUGAUCAAAGAGACUCAGCAUGAAUCUCCUUGCUCAAUGAGAUACAAAAAACCAACUGUCCCAUCAUGUUGAACAUUGCCUGUAGUCGGCUGUUGAUAGUAGUUGGGACAUCUUGUUUUGAUGGAUUAAAAAGGAGGUGGGAGGGCAGUUCUGUAGAAGGGCAUUUCUUUUUCCAAGGAUCUCUGCUCUCCUGCUUUUAUGUUGGCACAAAUAGUGACUAAAUCAAACAAAACAAAACAAAAACUCGAGAAGAUUACUUUCUUCAGUGUGAAGGAAAGAAAUUAUUUUGUAGUCUGCAUGGAAAUGCACAAAUAUUUGCCAAGGCUUACAGCUUUACUUCCUGCAUGACAGGGGCACAGUCUCAUUCCUGGAAAUCUUGAGAGCUCAGCAAAUUCUGCAAUGCUAUAUGCAAGGGGAGAAGUUCUGAUUUUUUGCUACAGUCACUUUCACUGGGUUGCCUAAAGGAAAUCUUUUCCAUUUCCUGCUGUUUCCACUCAGUCACACUUUCAUCAAUGUUCUUCUUACACAUCUUUUAAUUUGCUUGUGAGCUUUGGAUAUUCUGAGAUUUAGCGAGGGACCAGUACAGAGUAGGAAUGAGCUACACAGAAGGAAAUCAAAACAAAAAAGCAGUCAAACACAAUGACUGCAUUGUGUAGAUAUGGUGGCAAGAAUGCUGAUCCAUGAAAGGGAUGGGGAGUAGAGUCAUAAACUCCAGCCCUCUAAAAAUAUCUGACCAAACUCCUCUGGCUUCUAAAUCAAACAUGUACUGAAUAAGUAGGCUAGCUAGGCUCUAAAAGGCCUCAAAAUGCUGCCACGCUUUACAUUAAGAGCUGACAGUUCUUGCUGUUCCUAUUUGUUACUCUAUAUGAAAUCUGAUAUCACUGCUGUUCUGCAUCUGACAGCUUUGAUCCAAAAAACUUUUCUUUGUGAACUCCGUACUUAUAGGGGAACAUGAUGGACAUUCUGAUUUUUACCUUGGAUGGUCCCUUUGUUGCAUAUUUGAUCACAGGCUUUGUUUUCCUAGUGCCUGCCUCUCAAUCCUGAAAUCCAGUCUGCAAAACGUGGAACUCAGCAACAGCAAAUCCAGUCCAGAACACUUGAAUGAACUUUGUGAAAUGCAUGAGAAAACUUGGGGUAUCUUGAAUGGUGGCAAAGGAUAGAAGGGCUUUGUUAACGUGUUCGGGAACUCUAUCCAUGAGAAAUGUUAAUACUGGGCUUGAUGGCCUAGAUGCCUUUCAUUCAAGCUUAGAGUUGUUUUGAAAAUGUUGGAAAGAUGUGUAAACUUAUUUUCAGUGAACCUCUCCUUCCAGGGUCCUCCUAGGAUAUUGAUGGAUGUGGUAUAAACCAGAAAGCUAGAAUAGUGGCAGUACAGCAUAAAUAUCCCAAUUGCCAGCUGUGUCUUAACUAAAGAUUUCACUCAGCACGCCAAUACAAGUUGCAUCUGUGGGGCAUGACGACUGUGGAGCAUUGAUUCAGCUGGAAUGGGAGAGAAGUCAGGGCCAGCCAUGGAGAGCAAUGCAGGACAAUCAUUGGGGCUUUCUAGCCUAUAAUUAAAUACAAUACAAUCAUACCAAUACAUAUUUUCAACCUAUAUAGAAUAAUGGGUGUGAGGGGAGAAUAGGAGGCCAAUAAAAAAUCCAGAUGUGCUUGCUAAUUUACAGUGUACGAUGUGCUCCUUUUAGGUGUUUAGUUUUUCAGUUUAAGCAAGGGGGAACCUGAAUGGGACUGCAUGGCUAAGCACUAAUGUACACAAAACAUCAGUUGCCCUCCAAAUUUUUCUUUUAUUUAUAUAUAUUGCUACUGUUGCAAUUGACUUUUGUGCUAUCUGAUCAUUAUCAAUUCUGAGUUAAAGUAAGGAUUCUUGUUUCAAUGCUCAAGGAGUAGGUGUUUUUCCUCCUGUUUGGCCAAUCCUAAAGAAUCGUUGAGAGGGCAGAAAUGUUCGGGGGAGAGGGAAAUGAAAAACAUCCCAUGUAAACAUCCACUGAUGCAGCAGCAUUUUUAAAAAGGCAUGAUGAUGUCAAAAUGACGUGUAUCAUGUCACUCAAAUGAUACAAUUACAUACUUGUGUCAUGAUGUCUGAUGCAGGAACUUAAGUUGCACUGUAACGUCAUGCCACAUGCAUUAUGCCUCCCUCCCUUUGUCUGGCCUGUGGAUGUCUAUACCCAGAGCACUUGUCAAGAGUGGUUCAGAUGUAUUGCUUGUUGUAUAGGGAACAAUGUGUUUCAUCCUCUCUUACCACCUAUGCAAGUAAGCACUAAAGCAGUUCCAUGGGAAUGUAGCUGGGCAAGAAUGGAGAUGGCCUUCAUUUACCUGGAGGAAGGUCACUGCUGAAAUAUUUUCAAUCACCACCAUUCAAAGAACUGCCAGCCAUCACUGACUUUUAACACAGGUCUGCAGAAUUCCAGACUUCAUAAACAUGCUUGUGGUUUAUCCAGUUAGAGCAACAGCAAUUAACAUUUUUACUUUGAAGAGAAACUUCUCCGGAUGUUAACUACAGUUCCCAGCAGCCCCAACCCUGAAUGGCAGAUUACAAAGGAUAUUUGGCAAUAUCAGGCAGGCCACAGGUUCUCUUCCCUUGUCUUAAUGUCAGAUAUAAGAGAUGGGGCUUUACUGGGCUAUUUAGGGAUAGCUAAUGUUGCUGGAAGGUUUGCCACAUUGCCAGCCAUAACAUGCAAAAUUAAUUGAUCAGCAAGAAUAUAAAUGAUUUGUGUAUGAAUAACAUAUAAAUACGCUUAAGCUUUUAAUAAUUCAUAGUUAAUCCCACCUCAGAUAUAUUCUGAAUAAUUGCUUUUGCAAUAAAACAAACUCAACCUAUCCUCCAGGUCUGAUAACAUGCAUGUUAUUGAGCUUGCCAGGACUACAGGAAUAAUUUCUGUUUUUCUAAUUCCCUUCCUAAUUGAGAACAAAUUGAUUGCUUGAUAAUGAAUUUUGAUAGAACCAACAUUUUUAUUGACAAUCAUGAAUGUGAUCUCCAGGUAGCUGUGAGAGAAUUUGUCUCUUCUGCUCAUAUGCCUUUUAUCUGAAUUUAUUUUCAAAAUAACUUUUUAAUUCAGAUAUAGUUUCUGGUCCAUUCCAGAUGUUGAGCAUCCUAUUUCCUAAAGAAAGAUUUUUAAGUCAUUCGUUCACAUCUGUGUGAGAGUACCCAUGACCAAAUACUGACAGGACCUGUGUGUCUAAUUAUUUUUGGCAUUCCCACAUUAUGAUACUAGGAGGACAUGUUUUUAAGGACACCUUGCAAAGACAUCUAUCCACAUCGUAUACUAGGGUCUGGAUUCCAUCCAGAUUUACACUUGAAAUAUUUGAUACAAAAUUUAAUAAGCCAAAAUGAACAAACUAGCAUGUAAUAUAUAUUUUACAGCUGAGUAAAAUAUAAUAUAGCCACAGCAUAAAACAUGAGCAAGGUGGGGCACAGGGAACAAGUUUAGUUCAUAGAACUAGUUCAUUCUCUAUAGUGCUUUGUGAGAAUGAAUAUUUCUCAGAUUGGUUCUUUGUGAAAGUUUUUAUCACAAAUGUUAUUCAAUGAAUGCUAUUUUUCUGCAAAAUUUCAAUUUCAGUCAAUAGUUUGCAAAGAGCCAAAUAAAAUAUCUCCUGUUCCUUGCUGAACUGGAAGUUCUUGAUCAGAUUAUAAUAAUUAGCUUGUCUUUUGCCCAGUUAUCAAACAUAUCCUAAAUUCUUUAUUCCAAGUGUCAGGAAAUUUAAAUCCAAAAGUUAAGAAGCUGGCUUUAUUGCUGUCAGAUUUCACACUAGGCAUGACAAUAAACGUUUUGGCCCAAGAAAUGCAAUCCCAUAUUCAGUAAUUAGCAAACAGCAGAAGCUUCACAGACUUGAGAUGACUCAAACGUUACUUUAUUGCAGAGAUAAUGCGUAAACAAAAUGUCUGACUGCUGCAGAAUUCAGGAAUCAAACUGUUUAUGUGUCACAAGAAGGUUUAAACUAUAGACCUUUUCUUCUUUUUCUUUUCAAGUCAAUGGACUUUGGGCCAUUCUUUUCCUAACCUACCGCUUUGGAGAUACCAGUUCCAUGUUUAUGUAGUCCUAGUAUUUUCUAGAAGUCUCCCAUCUGACUACUAACCAGAUCUGAUGCUAGUUAGCUUCUGAGCCCAAAAUUGGUUAGGUGCUGCAGUCUAGCUCAACAGCUAGAUCUCCAAGCAUGUUGGUUUUUUAUAAUUACAAUAAGUAAACUUAAGUUAUAUGUAUUCUGCACCCACACUCUGAAACUUCAAAAAAUUGUAUAGCGCAGUAGUUGAUUCUAUUGGCAUACCUGCUUUCAUAAGAGGAAAUAACUUAAAACGUCUAGUUACUCAUGGAAUUUGCUGCCAUAAGAUGAGAUUUCAUCACCAACUCAUAUGGCUUUAAAGGUGAAGGUUCUGCUGCUCUCAUGCCUUGCUUGUGGGAUUCCUAGAGACAUUGGUACGCCAUUGGAAGAAACAAGAUGCUAGACGUGAACGGUUUUCAAUUUGACCAAGUAGGGUUUUUCUUACGUCGUUCUGGUGAUGUCAGUGUUGCACAACCUGGAGUCCUGAGCAGAUGUUGAAAUGGAAUUCCAGUGGCCAUGUGCCUUGGAAAGUAUGGUCUGUCAUAUCGAAAGGACACCAAGGCUGGUUUAUGCUAACAAAAUAAGAGUAAAGCUCUGCUGUACAACUAGGAAGAGAUGCUCGUUCUGUUAAGAACUGAUGGCAAAGAAUGUUGGUCAAGUACUUUCAGAAUGGUAAUAGCCAUUUCUCUAGCAGCUGUGUUUUCCUUUGCCUUCUACUCUAUUAAAAACAUUUUUAAUCAUUUUUAAAAAUCUGUUUUAACCCAGCUUUUAGCACAAUUCUACUUGGCUUAGAGAAAACAAAUAAAUGUAUUAAAAAGUAAACUGCAAAAAGCUGCCUAAAUAAAAUGAAUUUAUACCUAUAAAAGUCAAUUGUCUCAGAAUCUUAAACCUGCCAUCUUAUGCGAGCUUACAAAGAGUAAGCUACUGAAUAUAAUAGUGAAUUUUGAAGCAGACAUGUACAUGACAGUCAUUUCAAUACAGGUAGUCCUUGCUUAAUGACCACAAUUGCGACUGGAAUCUUGAUUGUUGAGCAAAGUGGUCAUUAAGGGAGAUGCCCACGUGACUGCUUUGCUCAAUGACUGCAAUCCAGGCACUCCCAGUUGCGGUUAAGUGAUCUCCCGGGUGGGUCCUUAAGCGGAUGGAGCAAAAGAGCUGCCUGCUAAAGGAUUUUGGCUCCGCGCUGAAGGGAGCACCUGUACAGAGGGGAAAU